CUUCGCUUGUUGUAUGAACGUUAACAUGGGCGCAACGUUUUUUCCACGUUUCCUUUUUUGAUCUUUUUUGCUUGCAGUUGGCAGCCCAGCCACAUUGUGCAACGGGCCGAGGAGGGGGCCAGCAAGGGUCCCGCGCAAUUUGCUGCAUGAAGCUAUGGCUUCCACGCUGCAUGAAGUUGUGGCUUCCACGUCCGUUCUGACAGAUCCGGCUGAAUAUACACUUGUCAGGUUGACUGAGACUUCUGAGAGGGGUUGGGAGGAGCCGGAGAAGCUUGGGUGGAGCGGCUUGAGCCGCUUGAGCCUUGAGGAUUUUCAUAGUCACGAGGCUCCCACUUUGCAACUCUCAAAUGUAUUCAUUUGCUUGAUGUUGAGGCUGUUCUUCCCCUUCUCAGGCUUCGCAGUUCUCCUGAUGCUGAAGUUAGGAUGGCUGAAGCCGAUUUGGGCAAGUGAGCAAAUGACGUUGUGGGAGCAGGCUUGGAGGAUGUUUGAUUUUUAUGGUGCUUCUGAGGGAGUGGCAACACCCUUCAUCCUGGCCUUAAACCUUGCUUACUAUAUGAUAUCCACCUGGUAUCGCAGCACAGGGCCGCUUUGUGCAGUGCUUCUUCCAUGGGUGCUAUCCUUUUCUACAGUUCCAGUGAAAGUGGCACGGGCAGCAUCUGCCUCUGACAAUCCGCAGCGUGUCAAGCUUCGCCAAUUCCUGCAAUUGAUCAUGAUUGUUGAACGGCAACUUGGCGUCCCGCAUGACGCACUUUGCUGCCACAAUUUGGAUGGGACCGAGGACUGUUUCAGGCUUGCCCUUGAGACAGUGUUUUCAGAGUCAGAAGACUUUACUGUCAGGGAGGGAUUUUUUCCAUGUCGUCCAUCGAGGACCGUUUCAGAAAAAACACUGAUUGCGCUCCAUCAUGACCCGAUCUGCGAGAUCACAGUGCGGUCCUCAAGCGGCGAUUUGGUCGCGAGUUCCCGGUGGGUGAAGCGCUGGCCACCUUCGGAUCGCUUUCUGGAACAGCAAGAACGUAUGAAUGGUUUGAUGCACUUUUCUCUCCUUGCCCGCCCAGCCGAUGAAGCAAGCAUUCCGCAGGCCUUGCUUCCUGCUUACCAGAGGAGCUUGCAAGACGGUGAUUUGAAUGCGGCUGACUUUGCCAGCCAGAUGUCCAUCGGCUUUGCAACACAGACGCCUGCUUGGGUGUCAGUCAUGUGGGGUUCAGCUGCAGGUGCAGCUACACUUGUGCUAAUCGGGUCGUGCAUUCUUGUGUGGUGGAUGCCGGAAUGGCACCAUGGCGUUUGGUACCACCAAGUGAUGUUGACUUUGUUUGUUGGAUAUGGCAUUCUCGACGGUGCUGUUUUCACCAUGUUCCAGCUUGCGAUUUGUGCGCAGGCGUGGCUUGCGAGGUUAACUGAUCUUAAGGUGCUGAAUGCCACACUCGCUGGUCCCAUUGCUGCCCAAAACAUGUUUGUACCAGCAAUAAGGAUCCACGUUCCCUCAGAUUUGCUGGUUUGGGGGGAGGUGCGGGAGCUUUGCUUAGCACGUUAUGCUGCAGAGCAGCUCGAAAUGGAUGUGUCCGUUGUGGUCGCUAGCAUGUCCACACUCGGGAUGGCACUGGGAAGCAUUUACUCUUCCUUGCAGGAGCAGUGGGAGCCAGGUUUGUUCAGCUUCGUAUCAGUUCUAUCCAUGACACUCUACAUCAUUUUCGGAGUACCCUUGUUCGUGAUCGGCAUUUUGGUGAACAUGGAGAACGCCAAGUCCUUAGACCUGAUGUCACAGCAUAGCCUGCAGGCCCAGUUUGCUUUGUCUCAUCCAGGUCUUUCGUCGAGUGCCGAAGAACGUGAACAGAUCCAAGAGUCUUUAUCCUUUGCCAACCUCCUGGUACAGCAUCUCCGAAUCAAUUCUGGAGCAGAUGUGCGCGUCUUGGGGAUGAAGCUCACACCCAGCACAGCAUCUGCAUUGGUCUCUGGGGUCAGCGCUGCAUUGGCCUUUACCCUGAGAAGUCUACCAGUGGAUGAGAUGAAGGAGAAGCUCUUUGCGAGUAAGGCGUGGGACGCAUUGUUUUAGUAGCCAAGGUGGCAACAUGUGUGCCCUUAAUGUAUUUUCACCAAGUUGCUCAGACUAGAUGUAUGGCAAGUGCAUUGUGCAGUCUUAGACUCCAUGCACUGUUUCAGUUCGAUUCCAAGAUGGAAGAGAUCCAACGCGCUCAAGAAGAGCUCAAUCCAAAAAGGCACAGUGAUAACUAUAUAGUUAGUGUGAG